GGAGCCAUGUACAUAUCGUGUGGGAGUACGGACAGUGCUCCCAUGGAGCCGGAAACGGGAUAUGUCCCGAACAAUCCCCUCUUCGGUAUGCCGCUCGACAGCCCACAGGAAUGUCCAUCGUCCUGUGGUGGUAGUGGCUGUACCAGCUGUCAGGAGAGCGCGGCAUCAUUACCCCUGGCGGGACUGCACGGAUCGGAUUUCAGCGAUUGCGGAAACUGUCUGGACCACAGCGGCGUACUGAGCACCCAAAACGCUCUCGGAGGCUACUGGAACGAGGAUAUGAGUACAUUUCCCGGACUUCCGCCCCUGGAUAUUGAUCCACUUCCGAGUUUGUUUCCCUUCUCACCGUGCGGUGCUUCCUACAACAGACCGGAGCGACCCACGCACGACGUAGCGGAUGUGCUGCUGUCGCUGAAGCACGCCGUCCUGAAGCAGAGUCCCGAUCCGCAGCCAAUCGGGCAGGGUUCGGCGAACUUUGCGCCACCACAAGCGUCCCUUUCGUACACGGUCCACCCGCAGAUGCUGCUGUCUCCGGCCGGCCACCAUGGGCACAACUCGCACUCGCACUACAAUCAGAUGCAAUCGCAGUCGGGGUCGUACGCGACCAAUUACUACGAUUCGUCCUGCGCACAACACGCGGCCCCGAUGUACCCGAGCAUGAGCGUCAACGUGAGCAUGAACAUGACGAUGCACGGGUACGGUGCGGAGGCCUCGGUGCCGAUGCAGUGCUCCCAAAUGCAGUGGGGAGCCCAGAAUGCGUCCUCAUCCGUUAACGUGCUCUAUCCGCCACUGCUCAGCCCGGUGCCCUAUCCGGCCACAACCUACUCUUUCACGGCCGACUUCCGACCCCAGAGUCAAUCAGCGGCAGUGGCCGCUUCGGCACUGUCCCCGUCCCUCGAAUCGCAAUCCCGUAGCUCAAGUCAGGCUUCACAAAAGCAGCAGCAACAUUCGACGCAUCAGCAACAGCAGCCGCAACAGCUGCCGCUUACGCAGUCGCAGCCGCAACAACAACAGCAGCAGCAUCAACAGUAUUAUCACCACGGCCAUGGUCAUCAUGGCUACCAUCAUGCGCACCACCAUCAUCAUCAUCAUUCGCAAUCGGCCACCGCAGCAGCGGUCGCGUCCAUUGAUUGUACGCCGCCCAAGAACAGCACGCCGCCGGAAUUUCCCCUUGACCAGUCGCCCACCGACACAACGGUGGCCGUGGCGGCGGCGGCGGCAGCGGCCGCAGCUCUCAAGAUGAAGGCGGAAAGUGUCCGAUCGCUCGGGCUCGGUUACCUUACGGAGUCUGCCACCAGCGGCGGCCAUCUUGAGGACGAGGAUGAGGAAGAGGCGGCCAGUGGUAGUGGCAGCGAGGAGGCGCCCGGCGGCGACAGCAAGCCCAAUCUCUGCCGGCUGUGUGGCAAAACGUAUGCCAGGCCAAGCACACUCAAGACGCACCUGCGAACUCACUCCGGCGAGCGACCGUACCGGUGUCCGGACUGCAACAAAAGCUUCUCGCAGGCGGCCAACCUGACCGCACACGUUCGCACGCACACGGGCCAAAAACCGUUCCGGUGUCCGAUUUGUGAUAGGCGCUUCUCGCAAAGCUCCAGUGUUACGACGCACAUGCGAACUCACUCCGGCGAGCGGCCAUACCGGUGCCGGGCGUGCAAGAAAGCGUUCUCCGACAGCUCCACACUCACGAAACAUCUGCGGAUUCACAGCGGCGAAAAACCGUACCAGUGCAAGCUGUGUCUGCUCAGGUUUUCUCAGUCGGGCAACCUGAACCGCCACAUGCGUGUCCAUGGCAACAACGGACAAGCGCUGAUUGCUUGACACCAGAAAGCCUCGCAGUUACCGUC